AUGGGGCCCCCGGGCAAUAGGGGAUCAUGGGGCCCCUGUGUCCUUGCCCAAACUCAAAAAACCUAUGAAAAAGGUACCAGGGGCAUCUCAUGGGGCCCCCUACUGACCCCGGGCCCUCGGGCAGUGCCCGAGUUUCCAAAUUGGCAGUCCGCCCCGGCUCUACUGUUGAGGGAGAGGUCAAUUGUCUAUUGUUGCUGGCUGUAGGAGAGUCUAUUGAUGCUGGAUGUUGGGAAAUCUGUUGUAGCUUCUCGGGGUCUAUUGUUGCUGGGGUGGUAUUUUGUUUUGGGAGUCCAUUGUUGCUGGAGAAAUCUAUUGUUGCUAUGGGGUCCAUUGCUGCU